AUGCAUGUUACCAUCCCAUCCUCAGAAGAUUCAUCCUCUACAAAAGAAGUUGCGAUUACUGAUGUGCCACUUAUCGGGGGAUCACUUGAAAGUAAAGGAAUUUCAAAAGAAGCUGUUUCAAUCAUCGUACAAGCAUGGAGACCGGGGACUCAAAAACAGUACAAAUACUAUUUACAAAAGUGGGAACAGCACUGUUGUGAACGAAGUAUCAAUCCCAUUUCUCCAAAUGUAGGGACUGCAAUUGAUUUUCUACAUGAAUUUUACAAGGAAGGAUUAUCCUAUAGCACAUUAAACACAGUACGCUCAGCUCUAUCCAGCGUUGUCCAACCAAUAGACAAUUUCACAUUUGGAAACCAUCCACUGGUAACCAGAUAUAUACAAGGAGUAUUUGUAAAUAGACCAGCACUACCACGUUAUAAACAGAUCUGGGAUGUGUCUGUGGUUAUAAAAUAUCUCAAAUCUUUGGGUGAAAAUACACAACUCUCUCUACAAGAUCUGACUAUGAAGACAACCAUGCUGCUUGCCCUUGUUACUGGACAGCGUUGCCAGACCAUACAGGUCUUGAACAUUAAACAGAUGGUUAAUAGUGAUGACAUGUGGUCCUUUCAUAUAAACAACUACUUUUGA